AUGACCACCGACACACCCCGCAAGCUGCGCAUCGCCGUCCUCGGAGCAGGCCGUAUGGGUCUGCGCCACGCGCGAAACGUCGCGUACGCUGCACCCCGCGCCGAACUGGUGGGCAUCGCGGACCCCAAGCCCGCAGUCCUCCAGGCCGCGGCAGCCGAGCUUCCCCCCAUUCGCACGGCGUUGGACAGCAUGGACCUCAUCAGCUCGCCUGACGUUGAUGCGGUCUUGAUUGCAAGCGAGACGAGCACACACGCCUCGCUCGCGGUCGCCGCCAUCCAGGCCGGCAAGCACGUCCUCCUCGAGAAGCCGAUUGCUGUCGACGUCGAGGGAUCUCGGCCAGUCGUCGAAGCCGCUGCAAAGUCGAAUGUCAAGGUCAUGAUCGGGUUUUCGCGUCGGUUCGACGAGUCCCUCGGUGAGGCUAAGGCUAUGCUCGACCGUGGCGAGCUGGGUACGCCUUAUCUUCUCAAGAGCUGCACGAACGACAUGUUCGACUCGACGGGCUUCUUUGUCGCAUACUCCAAGGCUAGCGGGGGCAUUUUCAUCGACUGCGGGAUCCACGAUAUCGACCUCGCUCGGUGGCUGCUCAACACGUCGGCUAGUGGCAAGAAAGAAGUCCAGCGCGUGUAUGGGAGCGGGACGAAUGUUCGUCACCCCGAACUCGCCGAGACCGGCGAUUGCGAUAACGGAAUGGGUAUUAUCGAGUUUAGUAAUGGCGCGCGGGCCAUGAUCCACCUCUCCCGCACUGCUGUUCAUGGACAUGACACGGUCACGGAACUCUUCGGGACCGAGGGCAAGGCCGUCGUGAAUGGUAACCCUGCGAUCAACAGGCUUGAGAUUCGCGACUUGCACGGCGUCCGCAGCCUUUCCCACCCCACGUACUACGAACGCUUCAAGGAGGCGUUCGUCAACGAGCUCAACACAUUCGUAAAGGUUGUGCUGGACGACGACAAGGUGCCUACACCUCCGGAAGACGCACUCAAGGCCGCACAGAUUGCCGUCGCGCUUACACACUCGUUCCGGACUGGUGUACCUGUUGAUUUCGACGAGGAGGGGGAGCCGAUCCUCAAGUAG